ACGCAAUUUCUGUCGUUUUCUCGUUAACUGUUACGAACGACAUUCCUAUAUAUACGUGUUAUAUUUAUCAGAUAAAUUUCCUACGUGUGAAACGAUUUAUAACGAUAACGAUAGACCCGAUCUCCAAGCAUUAAGGAAGAAAGCAAUUAAAACGGGUUAACGAGUUCCGCAUGGUACGUAGCUCGUGUUACCGAUCGUUAAAACAUUUUCGCGUGAUAUGACAUAGUUGCGGGUGUGGACGGCUCUCUUUUUCUUCGUUUCACGAGCACGGAACGAGCUCUCAUGAACUCGCCGCCAAUGACCUAUACCGCGGUGCCUCCGACGAGAGGGAAAAUCUUCUUCGAGAGAAGGGAUUCGCCAUUCUCUCCUUUCGUAGUACACCUAGACACACUUAUGACCCGGAUAGUGAAUAUGGCAGUCGGGUAACAUCCACGCUCUCAUCCCGAGCGAACAUCUUCAUUUGACCGUCAUCUGUCGCGCGUUGUUCUCGAUCCUUCUUGCAAAAGUCCAGCUGGAGUUUCUUGCUUACAGUUUCUACGCUUAACUCGAGUAUCAGUCGACGAUACAUCGAUCGUUCCGAUUAAUUACCGUGGCCAAGGAAGACUGAGAGUCAGUGGGUCACCUUGAAGAACGUUCUUCGUACUUCCGAGGAAUCUUGCAGGCAUGGCGAACGUGAUGCCGUGGCUGCUGUCGAUGUGCCUGCUCGGUCUUCAGGAGAUCGCGAUCCAGCCUGCAAGCAACGCGCUUUCACGCGAUCUUGGAACCAUCAGCCAAAGAAGCGUGCCUUCGGGCUUUCGCUCGUCUUUAAGGAACUACAAAACCCUGAUAUCGAGCCACGAUGAGCUUCCUGGCCACAUAAACUGUGACUCACCAAAACUCGAGGAGAAUUCGCUGGAGAGAUUGUCCACGACUCCAGAAUACAACAAUCAUCUUUAUGGUUCGACGCCGGACUCGAGGGAAUAUUUCUCGAAAUCUUUCGAGAAAAGGUUUCGCUCGAGACUACCAGAAAGAAACCUACUUAGGACGGAUCCACAUUCGGUGAAUCAACUGGAAUCUCAUGGAUUUAAUUACGAUUCUGGACGAGGGCAAAUCGAAGACGAUUAUGUUGGACCUGCUAUGGAAUUGGUUUACGCGUGGUCCACGAUUGACUAUACCUACGACAGCGUCGAGGCUCGAGAUUCGGCUAUUUACGACGGAGAUUUUAUCGCGGAGAACAACUUACCGCUGGGACUGGAAAUUUGGAGAGACAAGGUUUUCAUUACUCUUCCAAAAUGGAAAGACGGUAUUCCGGUUACGUUGGCUACCGUGCCCAAACCUUCCAAGACGAAAAGUCCCAAAUUGAGACCUUAUCCAGACUGGGGAUGGCAUCGACCAGGUAACUGCGAUGGACUGACUUCCGUCUUUAGAGUGCAAGUGGACGAAUGCGACCGUUUGUGGGUCCUAGACUCGGGCAAAGUAGACAUCGCGAAAGGAGGCAAAUCAGCUUGUCCUCCGGCCAUCUUCAUCUUCGACCUAACGACAGAUACUCUUCUCAGAAAAUACAUUAUACCGAGUGAUCAAGUAAAGGAAGAUUCGUUGUACUCGAACAUAGUAGUGGACAUCAGAAACGAGAAUUGUCAUUCCGCGGUAGCUUACGCUUCGGACGUGUUCCGCUAUGGAUUAUUGGUCUACGACUUCUUCAAGGACUCCUCCUUCAGAAUCCAGCAUCACUUCUUUUACCCUGAUCCUUUGGCCGCCAAAUACGAACUCCAUGGUAUAAAAUUCCAAUGGACGGAUGGAAUUUUCGGGAUAGCGCUGAGUCCAGUGGAUAUCCACGACGAUAGAACCUUGUUUUUCCAUCCUAUGUCCAGCUUCCGGGAAUUCGCCGUUUCGACGUCUAUUCUCGCUGAUAAAAAGACAGCCGAAGAGAAUACGGAACUUUUUAUGCCGAUUGGUAGACCUAGAGCCAAAGACUAUGGUCAUUCUUCCGGUUCCGUGAUCGAUAGAAACGGAGUGAUGUUCUUCAAUAUGGUGACCAGAGACUCUGUUUGGUGUUGGGACACCAGGAAGGAAUAUAUUCCACAGAAUCUUGGAGUUAUAGGGACUAGUAAUUUGUCCUUGGUCUUCCCCAAUGACAUCAAGGUUGAUCAUGAAUACGAUCAGAAUAUUUGGCUCAUUUCUAAUAAGUUAGCCAUGUACCUUUAUGGAAGUAUCGAUAGUAGCAAGAUUAACUAUAGAGUGUUCAAAGCUAAUGUUAAGCAGGCUGUCAAGGACACUGUCUGCGAUCCUAAUUACGUCGUGCCUGGCUCUGAGCACGGUUACGACGAGACUUGUUGAAGAUUCUUCGCAUUUUAUUAAGAGAUUUGAGGUAUACGUGGUGGGAAAGAAUUUGUUAAAAAAUUGGAAUAUUUGUGAAUGAAAAUAUAUGUUGGAGAUAAGGGAACUGGGGCAGUCGUUCCUGUUAUCUUAGGAAGACGAAUGUGAAUAAAUGUUACGCCACGACACGUUGAGAAUAGAGAAAACAACUACCUCGAAUUCGUCUUCACUGAAAAUAACGGAGAAGCUUUGUAUUUUUUAAUAUUUUAAGCGUGAUAAAAUUUCUAAGCAAAUACAUUGGGUGAUCACUUUGAUCACAAUGUUUUAAUUCCAUUCGUAUAUGGUAUUGAAAAUGAGGUAACGAAUAAAUGUACACACCGAGAGAUCGUGCGACCAGGAGAAAGCGUAUCGUUAAAUAAAUGUAGCAUUAAAAUAUU